UCCAAAAAGAAACAUAAAGCGAUGUCAAAAGACGAAGGCACCCUUUCACACACUAUACUUUCCAGUUUCAAAGAACAGAGUGUGGGUUCUGCUGACGCUUGAAGACAGUGAGGGGAAAAAAUAACUGAGAAAUUCUAGAAACCUCUCUUCAGAGAGUCCGUGAAUAAAUCAAUUGUUCAAAAUCAAUUUCACAAAGUUUGAUCACUUUUGCAUUGACCUUCAACUUUUCUUCUUCUCUCCGGUUAUUCGCUCGCAAUGAAUCCACAAUCACCGGACCCUCAGCUUCCGACUUUCUCCCCACGGUUCGCGCUCGUGACCGGUUCGCAGCGGAAAAUCGCGAUCGCGGUGGAUCUGAGCGACGAGAGUGCUUACGCGGUGCGGUGGGCGGUGCAGAACUACCUCCGACCGGGCGACGGGGUGAUCCUUCUGCACGUGCGUCCCACGAGCGUCCUGUAUGGCGCGGACUGGGGCUCGGUGGAUCUGAGUGUGGCGGAGGAGGGCGGCGAUGAGGAGUCGCGGCAGAAGCUGGAGGACGACUUCGACAACUUUACGUCGACGAAGGCUAGCGACGUGGCGCAGCCGCUGGUGGAGGCGCAGAUACCGUUCAAGAUCCACAUUGUGAAGGACCACGACAUGAAGGAGAGGUUGUGUUUGGAAGUGGAGCGCCUCGGGCUCAGCGCCGUCAUCAUGGGAAGCCGCGGCUUCGGCGCGUCCAAGCGAGCCGCCAAAGGAAGGCUCGGCAGUGUCAGCGAUUACUGCGUGCACCAUUGCGUGUGUCCCGUUGUGGUCGUGCGUUACCCCGAGGAGAACGACAACGGUAGUAGCGGCAACGGUAACGGCGGUGAUGUUCUGGUUGGGGAACAGGUGGAGCUUCCACCUGUGCCUGAGGAGGAGCAUGAGGUGUAUCAUGAUGCUUCCGAUGAGCACAGAGGUACUAAACCAAUCCGAGCAUGUUCGGACUGGAUUUUACAACUAUCCAUCAUAUGCUACCCACUUUUCCCACAAUGCUUUGCAAUGGGGAGAUAACUUCCCAGGACCUCUAGGCCUAGGGAUCACUCAUAGGCUGGCAUACCCUAUUAGAAGGGGUAAAUUUCACCAGUACACACUAAGGCUAAUGUUGGAUUUGAGAGGUUUUAAAGGAAAGAGUUAUUAAAGUAAUUCCUUGGCAAAAGGAAAUAACAAACCAAAAUAUGGGUAUUUAUCUUUUCAAUAUAGCUUGUUUUUGUCAAGGAGGCUACCUAGUCCUUUUUUAGUUCUAGAUUAUCAAACUUGCUGUUGAAAUUAUUAAAAAAAUUCAAUACUUUUUGCUGUUUGGAGACCAUCAAAUAAUGAAAUAACCUAAACCUUGUAGGAUUUCACCUAUUACUUCAGUUGGGAGUAUUUUA